AUGAAGGAGCCAUGCUUUCGGUGUAAGCGGCCCACCUAUUUCAACGACAAAGUUGGCCCGCUGAAAGACGGUUCCCUGUUCCACAAGGGGUGCUUCAAGUGCUGGAUCUGCGGGACGCGGCUAUCCCUCAAGACCUAUCACAAUAACCGAAACGACACGCAGGAUCUCGAAGUUUAUUGCGCCAGCCACGUGCCAACCCCUGGACCCCACGACCCAAUCCCGCACAGGUCAAAUCUGCUGUUCUCGCCAAAGACCAAGGGCGAAUACCCGCACAACAUGAUGCGACCGACGGGACCCGUA